AGAGAGAGAGAGAGAGAGAGAGAGAGAGAGAGAGAGAGAGAGAGAGAGAGAGAGAGAGAGAAGGAGCAAUAAACUCCAGCAGGGCUGAAGGGGGAGUGUCUGCUCUGAGGGAGGCUACAGAGCAGCACCCUGACACAGACCCUCACACCACCACCAGACUCCACGACUGUCCCAGAUCUUUCCCUCACUGCUAGUUUUGUCUCAUGAAGAGGUUGUGGAGAAAACCCAAGAGCCUCUUCCUUCAUCGCCUCAGACGGCCCCAUUCCAUUUAUAAACCGCCAAAGCCGGCUACAGCCUGCUCACAAUCUGUUCCACCCCUCCACGGCCUGUCCGCAUCCCAUUUCUAGCCCAUUCCAACGUCCCAAUUCUACCUGUUCUAGCUGGCCCUGUCCCAUUCCCACUCACCUUACCUUUCUCUGAACCUAAUUGUCCCCUGAUGGGCCCCUUAUCAGACCGUUCCUCAACUCCACCACCAUCGGCGCUCACGUCCUGCCCCUAACAACCACCAGCCGCAUUGCUAUGGAGAUGAAACCACCUUCAACAACGAUGAUGAUGACGGAGAGGGAGAAUGAAGGAGAGAGGGAGAAAGCAGAGGAAGAUAACGAGGGGACGAGGGAGAAUAGCAGACUGAUGCUGGCAGACAGCAGCCUUGGAGAUAAGGGGCCCAAGCUGACUUCCGGGCCGGGACAAGUGUCCAACGGCUUCCCCUCUUCCACCUCCCCCCAGAGCCCCAGGGAGGGGGCGGGGGGCAGCACGGGGGGGCAGGGGCCACUCAGGACGCUGGUGGUCCAGCAGACCAGUCUGGACCGUCCUCGUGAGACCUGGAGCAAGAAGAUGGACUUCCUGCUGUCUGUGAUUGGUUAUGCUGUGGACCUGGGGAACGUGUGGCGCUUCCCCUACAUCUGCUACCAGAACGGUGGAGGGGCAUUCCUGCUGCCUUACCUGCUGAUGGCGGUGUUUGGAGGAGUGCCUCUGUUCUAUAUGGAACUGGCACUGGGGCAGUUUCACCGCAGUGGGUGCAUCUCCAUCUGGAAACACAUCUGCCCCAUCUUCAAAGGUAUAGGCUUCGCCAUCUGCAUCAUAGCGCUGUACAUAGCCUUCUACUACAACACCAUCAUGGCUUGGGCUUUGUACUACCUCCUGUCGUCCUUCCGACCCACCCUGCCUUGGACCACCUGCUCCAACAGCUGGAACACGGUCAACUGCCUGCGCUACCUCUCCACCGACAAGAACGUCACCUGGACCAACUCCUCCACCUCACCCGCUGAGGAGUUCUAUACUCGGCAGGUGUUGCAGGUUCACCUGUCCCCAGGCCUCCACCAGCUGGGGGCUGUCAGCUGGCAGCUGGCCCUCUGUCUGCUCUUCAUCUUUACCAUCGUCUACUUCAGCAUCUGGAAGGGGGUCAAGACGUCCGGCAAGGUGGUGUGGGUGACAGCCACCUUCCCCUACCUGGUCCUCCUGAUCCUGCUCGUCCGUGGGGCUACUCUGCCGGGGGCCUGGAGGGGCGUGGUCUUCUAUCUCAAACCUGAUUGGGAGAAACUGCUCAGCACUGCGGUCUGGAUCGAUGCUGCAGCCCAGAUCUUCUUCUCCUUAGGGCCAGGCUUCGGGGUAUUGCUGGCCUUCGCCAGCUACAAUCCAUUCCACAACAACUGCUAUAAAGAUGCGUUGUUGACCAGCUCCGUGAACUGUCUGACCAGUUUCCUGUCCGGCUUUGUCAUCUUCACCGUGCUGGGCUACAUGGCUGAGAUGAGGCAGCAGGGCGUGGAGACAGUGGCCAAGGAUGCCGGCCCCAGUCUGCUGUUCAUCAUCUACGCGGAGGCCAUCUCCAACAUGCCCGCAGCCACCUUCUUCGCCAUCAUCUUCUUCCUCAUGAUCAUUAUGCUGGGUUUGGACAGCACGUUCGCAGGUCUGGAGGGGGUGAUCACAGCCAUGCUGGAUGAGUUCCCUCAACUCCUGGCGAAGAGGAGAGAGUGGUUUGUCCUGGGCCUGGUGUGUGUCUGCUACCUAGGGGCCCUCUCCACACUCACAUAUGGCGGUGCAUUUGUGGUGAAGCUGUUCGAGGAGUAUGCUACAGGGCCUGCUGUCAUAACUGUGGUCUUCCUGGAGGUCAUCGCGGUUUCCUGGUUCUAUGGCACCACAAGGUUUUGCAACGAUGUCAAACUGAUGCUGGGAUUCUCCCCAGGCCUGUUCUGGAGGGUCUGCUGGGUGGCCAUCUGCCCCUGCUUUCUACUGUUCAUCAUAGUCAGUUUCCUGGUCUUCCCUCCGGAGGUGACGUUGUUUGACUACCACUACCCAGCCUGGACCACCGUGCUGGGCUACUGCAUCGGCCUGUCCUCCUUCAUCUGUGUGCCCUCGUACAUGGUCUUCCACAUGCUCACCUCCAAGGGAACUUUGAAACAGCGUCUGCUGAAGGGGAUCACUCCGGAGGCCAGCUUUGGCUCUCAGAGAGAUGGCCUUGUCACCAACGCAGUCUGACCUGGGGGGCUGUCUCCCUCUUCUGGACACAGAGCACAGCUGCGAGACAGGGGGUGCCUGCCACCUCCGCCUGUCCUCCAGAAUCACCCCACCCUCAUCCUCCCCCAGCACUGAGGCACUCGCUCAAACCCCAAUCGCAGCCAGGAGAGGGGUCUCUGGCUUACUGAAUGCCCUCCCCUUCUCCUGACCUAGAUAAACCAGUGAUCAAUUUGCUCAUGCUGUUAGGGUUAGCAUCAAAAGUCCCUGUCUACAUGUGUAUUUCAGAGGCAUUCGUAUGUGGUAUAUUUUUUGGUGUCUCUACUCAUUUAGAUUCCAGAGUACAAUGUGUUCCUGCAUUGAAUCUCAACACAUUCAGCUCUACGCACACACACUUUGAUAAAAUGUAUAGCGUGUCUAUGGACGCACAAUAUGGAUAUGUAUGGAAUAUCCAUAGACACACAAAAACGUACCUCUGUAUUUUUCCAGGUUAAAUAAAGCCACAAAGCAUUAUGUAGCUUCAUCAAUCACCCAUCUCACUGCUUACUAUUUGAGUUGAGUUCUACUAUUCUAGGUAUUCAUUGCAAAAUUCAGGUAUCUUUUUACAUGUCUAAAUGACGCCAAAUAUAUGACUUGAUAUGAUAUCUCUCCAGGGGUCACCAGAUGUUGACAGCUAUGCUUUUAGGAUAACCGGCCUGUGAUGUGGGUUAGGCUUGGGGAUUGUGGGUGUGUGGUGUGGUCAAGUUUGGUUGGUUAGCCUACGUGGCGUGUGGUUAUGACAAGAUUUCUGCAUGGUUGGUGCUAUACCAUGCCAUACCACAGUGCCAGUAAGAUACUAGUCAGGGGAGGGGCCAGAUUGGGCAGUACUAGAUUAUGGGAAUUGUAGUAACGAGAAGGAGAGAUAAGGCGAAAGAUGACUUAAGAAUGUGCGUGUUUGCGUUUCUGUGUGUUGUCUGUGUGUGCGUGUGUGUAGCCCAGUUGAGCCCAGGAAAGGAAUGAGAUUUGUGAAUAAAAGUUGUGUACAAUGUCAUCUAGGGGUCAUACUAUUGCAAUAUAAGAUGUAAAUUUAUUUAAAUAACUAUUAUUGCUGUCGAAUCAGUGUAUGCUUUUACUUAUCUGUUCAUGUCAUUUACCAUAGCCUCCAACUAAUCACAACAUUUAGUUACGUUUAGAAAUAUUUUGAUGUUCAUAUCUAAUUAUCAAUAGUGAAAACCAAAUAUUGAUUAUGGUCAAUCUCUGCACCUUCAUCUCUAUCCUUCAACACUCAGUCUCUGAAAAUCAACAUCGCUCUUCUUUUCUUCUGACCAAAAAGGUUGUUGUGUAAGAAUGGCAGUACCCGUAUGAAAUUCUUCAGUACAUGUAUGUAGCCAGUCUUGAUAUAAAUGUGUAUAUCCCUUUAUCCUGUGAAAAUCUGUCUACCCCAUAAAUGAAGUGUGUGUGUGUGCACGCCCGUGUGUGCAUUUUUGUAUGUGUGUAUGCAGGUGUGCAUGUGUUUUUGUCUGAAUGCGUGUGCAUAUUUCCUAGUGAGUGCCUGUGUGUAUGCGCAUGUGAAUGCUGUGUGCUUUUGUAUUUGUGUGUGUGUGUAUACAUUACGAGCAGAAAUAAAGGUGAACCACUUUGUCAGCUAUGUCAGUGUGUGCAUGCAGAUGUGGGUAAAGUGUUUGAUGUGCGUCUGUGCAGUGAUCUUAAAUUGACGUCUCGUUCUCGGCCAAUUAUCAAAUGACGUUUAGCUAAGUAACGUUUUUUCUCUCUCUCUUGUACUUCUGAAGCCUAUCUAAAUAUAUAUAUGUCUGUAAAAGAUUGUAUUAAGAAAGAAGCCUGUAUAGAAUAAAGAUAUACAAAUAUAUGAAUUAAUAGAUAAAUAAAACAAAGAUAUACAGAAGUUAA